AUGUCUACAAGAGAGUCCGGACGAGUCAAGGAGGCUGACAAACGGAGAGUCCUAGACGAUGCAGCUAGGAAACGGAGAGCCAGAAAAGCCAUUGAGGCUCUCGAACAGGAUAACUUCCACGAUGACCCUCAUGCUGAUCUGGUUAUGUCUAAAAAGAUCCCAAAAUUCGCGGAUUCGAAUGAGAAACCAACUAGAAAGAAGAAAGCAAAGAGUGCAGAGUACUAUAAGUUGAGAUUUAGGAAGACAUUUGCACAGUUGGUUGAAGAGGAUGCAGGGUUCAGGCCUGAUCCGCCGAAUUAUUUGUCGGCUCAAGCCCCGCCUUCACAAUUCCCUGACCGCCAUUUCUGUGCAGUAUGUGGAUUUCCUUCGAACUACACUUGCAUCCCCUGCGGCGCCCGCUACUGCAGUGUUAGAUGUUUAGGUACUCACCUCGACACUAGAUGCCUCAAAUGGACUGCCUAAAACUGUUAGUAUUAGCUAUUAUAAGAUUAUUUUACAAUAAUAUAAGUUGAAAAAGUAA